CUUGUUCUGAAGACAAGCCUCGAACCUUCCAGGACAGACUGAAUCUUUUUCCGAUCAGAUCUGGAAGGUGUUCUUUGCAAGUAAAUUGCACUUGGCUCUAAAUGAUACAUCCAUGUAGUUAGAGUUGCAUCACCACUACGUACUACCUCGUAAGCAAAAAUACGAUUAACGACAACGACUGGUGCUCGGGAAACCCCUACUACUUGUUACGUAUAAAGAUCUUCUUUUUAAUCUUCUUUAAUUCUUCACCAAAAAAAUGGCAACCACGAGCACGAGCAAAAUGUCUUCUCCUUCAGCUCUUUUUCCGGAGAUGGUGAAGCGGAUGCAGGAGGAAAAGCAGCAAAGGGAGAGGCAUCUCCCGGACGUGCAGAAGAUACGGGAUGAGGUGAAGCAAAAACGCUUUCAGGCUGUACAUGGCGGCCAUGAAGCCGAUUAUUUCGGUUUUCAUGACGACUUCUUCAUUGCAUAUGGUUACAAAAGAGCCUGAAUCCCUCGAGUUCAUCUGCGUUCUGCUCUUAUGAUUCCAAAAUAAAGUUGCUCCUAAUGAUGCCAGAUGCCUUGCGUUUCUAGUAUAGACUCUCAGCGGAAAAUCUUCAGUAGGAUACACUGGGAGAAUCGUGCCCAUAUGGAUCGCACCGCUGAAGGGGCUGGCGCCCCUGGAGGUGGAUGCCGCAGCGCCUCUGCCCUUCCACGUGAUUCCUGCCGCGAGGAUGUGCCGCAUAGCACCGGAGCAUCUUGUGCGUGGUGUGUGUGUGUCUUUGUAGCGUCGGCGACCUCCGUUGCGGCCGGAGGCGUGUCGCUGGCCCUCUCCAGUUUCUCGCGUCUCCCUUGGGCGCUCAGUUUCCCUCGAGUUCAUCUGUGUUCUCCUAAUAAAUUUUGGAAAAUAUUAAAGUGAUACCCAUAAUUCCACGACAGAAGAGCAAGAAACGACAGAUUCAGGAAGUUUAACCAGUCAUGGUGACUAUCAAGAACACCUGGAGGACUUGUUCCGUGGAAAAUCCGAGUUAGAAGGCAAAUCCGAAGAUUGGCGGCACACUAUGGAAGAGAUCGUCGCGCUGCGAUUCGUGCUCGAUUUUCUACGUCGUGCCAUUCGUGCUGGUGUGAAUACCAGGGGUUCAACUCGAUACGACUGGGCACGUGACGAAACCCGGAAUAGUGACCUACUCAAGGGCCUAAUUACUCUUCGUUCCACUGAUUUAGAGGUCGACUUCGACAUCUACAAGAGAAACGAAUCAAGCGACGUGGAGUUUUCGACUGUCAGCGCGAUUGGCCGUGCAUCGUCACCUCUGCGUUUAUGAGUAACACGAGUAUGCAAGUUAACAUCCGUACCAGUAAAAACAGUUUUGAAAUAAGUAAAAAAAAUGAGAAAGACCUUCAAGAAAUACUUACGAAGAUAUUCUUGCACGAGUUUUCUAUUUUACUAGUAGAAGAUAGAAGCAGCACCAGCACCAGAAGCAGGGACGAACAGGAAGAACAGGUACAUAUUUUAUAUUUAUCUAUCAUACUAUGUUUCUUCUAAGUUCUAACUACAUUUGAUGCUCCUACUUACAGAUACUAAAUGAUCUCUCUUCACCUACAUGAACUACUUUCUUCUAACAAACGAAGAAGUGAUCGUAGCUGCCGUCAUCGAGUCUUGUCGCAUAUUCGAGCAGUACAUCAAUGAUGUCGUGGCUCGCUCCUUCGCUGUGAACCGGACUGUCAUAGAAGCUAUCUACUAUCUCUGGCUGGUACCUGCGAAUGCUGAGCUGCUCAAAUUUGACUUUCGCAACGGACCUCUGCGGAAGAAAUAUGUUAAGAUGGGUUCUUUGGUAGAAGCUAUGUGUCAUUAUUUUGCUUUUGCAAGAGGCGCAUAUCGAUGACACUACCGCCAGCUCUAUUUAUAGCUGAAUCCUUCCUCUAGUUUCUGCUAAUUUCAACGGCAUGAAGUACAUCGUGAAAGGAGUUGAGGAGACUCUGUACCAACUGAGUUUGGGCGAGCAGAACUCUGAGAAUGCCCCUCUAGAGCCCGUACCCGGUGCCCUGCUUGCAGAGUCAAAUGAAAUGCCAGAGAACCCCUUGGACCACUUGCGUUCCGUCUUUGAAGGAUAUGAUGCUGUCCGUGACGAAGUCAUCAAGAGUUCGAGGGACGUGACGAAGGCAAGCAAACAGGCAAUUUACUCAGUACAUCGAGGUCAGAUCGCGGAGGCAGAAAAGCAAAUAGCUAUUGCAACGAAAGCUGCUCAGGGCAUUUUGGACAAGAACAUCUUCAUAUCUUCUUCUACCACUACCUCGUCUUCUGGUGGACAACUCACAGGAGAACCUCCUGCAGCAAAAAAAACUAAAACGGCAUCAACAUCAGCAACAUCUUCAGGAGCCACUGCUCCGAGUUCGACGACAACUACAACAUCUUGCUCAGCUUCGAGUUCGACUACGUAUCCCUCGUCGAAGACUAGGUAUCCCUCACUUCGCACCUGUCCUGCUUUUUCUCAGGCUUUGGAGGAGCUAGGAGAAGCCCACGUUUUCUGCCAUUGGAUCAAGACUAAGGAGCUAAAACGCCAUCCCCUCUUGUCCGAUGAGGAAUUUAUCGGAGCACUGGUUAUGAAGAGCUUGAGCUACAUUGUUUCUUUAGUUACUAUGCAGUUUAAAUUUUUAUCAAAAAUCUUCAUCUUGUCAUCAUAAAAACAUCAGCAUCAUGAACUUGAACAGCACGACGCCGUAAUGAAAAAAGCGCAUUGACAGUAGAAUAUCAUGCUUCUCUCAAAAAACAUUGAUCAGCUUGGAGUAUCUUUGUCUCCCACUACGUCAAGUGUAAGAAAAAAUCUAUCACCCGCCGACACCUCUCUUCUAACUCCCGCGACCUUUCCGGUGAACUGCAACGCUACGCCGUUGCACAGGCCACAAAGCGAGACCAAAGCGCGGUGAAAGAAAUUUUAGACUUGCAGACACAGCUCAAUCGACUCUUCAUGGAACUAGGGUCGUCGAAAACUGCCAGUACUAUCGCCAGAAAGAAAACAGCUGCCGCCAUCGCCGGACGGGCCAAAGCAGAGCAACUGAUGUUUCAAUUGCAUUUAUCCAAAGCUUUGCACACCAGAGUGGACGUGAACGCUGGUGGAGGUGCACCUAGUAGAGCUUUGGACGGAAGUGGUGCUUUUAGGGAUCAGGAUGAGGAAUAAGUGAUUCUGCAGAUUUUGUCUCAGGUGGUUCAUCGCAAAGAAGGUCUUAAAAACUUACUCAAUCUUAAAGCCAACAUCUAUAUCUAACGAUCACAAAUAUAGAUAUUUAUUAAAAUAUUUGGUCAGAUAGACAUAGAGGUUGCAGAAGAUGAAGGGGUGGGGCAAAUGCUACGAUGAACGAAAUGAUAGAUUAGGAUCGGAGUUUGUAUGCUACUUUCUCAAAGAUUGAGAUGCCGAUAGAUGAAGACGCAUCACCACGUUCGUGCAUGAAAAGACUUUUAAUUACUUAUAAUAAAUAUAUCUAAAUUAAAAACUUUUCUUGUUAUUUUUGAAUGUACGGAAAGACACCAGUCAGAC